AUGGUGCUCUACGUGGCUGCCGGGGCGAGUGACGAGACGUGGGCGGUCCCGUGUGCGUUUGGGUCAAAUGGUCGUCCGGUUGCCGGUGCGCUGCAUGUCUCGCCUUUUCAACAUUUGUCUGUCAUGCACUCUGCCCGCGCCGCUGCGCAGGCCAUCGCCCAUGCGCUUGGCUUCAGCGUGCAGCAGAUGAGGGCGCGGGGCAUGUUGUUGGAGAACGUCACUAAUGUGCGCGGCAACCCCAACCCUGUGACGGUGGUGAAGUCGCCUGCUACGCUGGAAAAAGCUAAGGCGCACUACGGCUGUGACACUCUCAAUGGCAUGGAGCUGCACAAGAUGGACGGUGCGGUGCAACCCUACUGGUCACCGCGCAACGCGAAGGACGAGCUGAUGAGCGCUCUCGGUGGGGUCACCGCCGGCCUCUACACCGCGCUGACGAUGGCGGCGUUCGAGGACCUCGGCUACUACAAGGCCGUGUGGGGGAUGGCGGAGCCGAUGGCGUGGGGCAACAACUCCGGCUGCGACCUCCUCAAGAGCCCGUGCUCGGAGGGCAGCCCUGACAAAUACCCCCGCAUGUUCUGCGAUAACACGACCGAAAGUAAAACACUUCGCUGCACGUCCAAUCGUCAAGCUUUCUCGGUAUGUGGUACGAAUAUUGCUGAAGGUAGCGGUGCCCCGAGCGAGAAGUGCUCCGUUUUUUGGUUGGAUUCGGGUCCAGAGUUAUUUUGCAGCGUGAAGGGAGAGAAACACAUCCCCGGCUUCCUCCACGGGAGUGGCUCGUGGUGCCUCGAUGCGGAAGCACUCGAGUUGAAGGGUACUGAGAAGGCCGGGUUGGACGGCUACAAAUUACACGCGGUGUGUGCACAGGUGCAGUGCGGGGAGGGCGGCGCGGUGAGGGUGAAGUACCUCGGCGCCAAUGAGACUGUGCUGUGCCCCGAGGGAGAAACAAUCGAUGCGGCGCUGGAGGGUUUCGAGGCAGGCGCGAAGCUCAAGUGCCCGAGGUACGAGGAGGUGUGCACCAUCGCCGCCAACGGCAGCAGCCUCGUCAUUCCGCGCGCUGAGGAGGCGGCGAAGGGAGACGCCGAGGAGACUCAAAGGGAAGGUGCAGCGGAGCACGACGAUGUGGAGGCGAGGGAGGUUCCGGCACGUGAGCCACAGCCUGCAGAGUUGCCCUCUUGA